AUGGCUUCUCGCGAUGGCUACGCCGGCCAGGGCGCCGCUGGCACGGCGAAUGAUGAUGGCUACGUAUCACCAACAGAGGCACCUCCGGCUCUCUACGUAAGAGCUUUGUACAAGUACACCUCAGACGACCAUACCAGCCUCAGCUUCGAACAAGGCGACAUUAUCCAGGUACUGAACCAGCUCGAGACCGGCUGGUGGGACGGCGUGAUUGGUGAUGUCCGAGGCUGGUUCCCAAGCAACUACUGCGCCGUCGUUCCUGGCCCUGAAGCUGUCAACGACCAAACCGGUGAUGCCAGUGCCGAAUCUGGCGCUGACGAUGAAUACGAAGACGACGUCGACGGCCUAGACAUCACCCUGAGAGACGAGGACCUGCCCAUAGAAAGCAAUGGAGCAGACGGUGGUGAGGCCGAAGAAGCCGCCUUCUGGAUCCCCCAGGCCACCGCGGACGGCCGUCUGUUCUACUACAAUACCUUGACCGGCUACAGCACAAUGGAGCUUCCCCUGGAGACGCCUACUUCCGCCAACGAGUCUGGCCCCCGGGAUCGUACAAACGUCUACGUGCCCGAACACACCCGCCUGCCACCAGAGAUGAUGGCCCGUGGCAUCGACCGCUACGAAGAUGACUAUGAUGGCUCUGCCUCAGAGGCUGAAGGUGACUCUCUCUUAAUGGCAUCGCAGCGCCGACAUUCGUUCAUUUCUGAUGGCGUCUCUCCUGCUACAUCCUUAGGUUCUGUCAACCCUUCGCCCAUCACAAAACACUAUGACCUCAAAUCAGCUUAUCCUCCCCAUUUCAUCUCAAACGGUGGAAACGGCGGCAUGGACUCCAUCCCCAUCAUGGGCACUCCAAUGUCCUCCCACUCGACCACUACCGAUCGAUCUCUACCCCUGGGAAUCUCUACAUCUAUUCCUCGUUAUUUCCUGGAUGACUCUACGGCUCCACAUCCUACAUGGAAUUCGCUCGUCAGCAACAUGCGAGACGCAAUUGAUGCGUACCGACAGGCCAUCAUCGAAGGCCGGCGGUCAGAGUACGUCCGCAGGGCAGAGGAUGUGUCCGACCAUCUACGGAUGCUUCUGGCUGCAGGCUCUGAUACUACCGAUAACCACUCGGGGAAUCCGUCGAUCAUCUCAACAAACAAGGCGCUCUACCCUCAUUUCCGCGACAUGAUGUCCAAAUUCUCCAAACUCGUCUUGUCUUCGCAUAUUGCUGCCGCAGACUGGCCGGGACCAGACUCCGCCUCCAAAUGCCUACACGAAGCCGAGGGCGUUCUACAGGGCGUUUAUGGCUACGUCGAAGUGGCCAAACAGCAGCGCGGAGACGAUAUCCGUCGCUUAACGCCUGGCUUUGUUGCCGGCAGCACAUCUGGCGGUCACUGGCAGAACAACAAUCUCGCUCGAAGGGACCCAACCUCCUUCCUCGAGCACGACUCCGAAUCUCACCGCACCCCGUCCGUCUCGCUUGACUCCCAGCUUCUAGAGCGAAUCGAAGAGCUUCGCAAGAUGCUAGCUGCCAGCUCUCGCAGGCUAGAAGAGCAACUUUCUUCCUUCAAAGGCAAAAUUGUAACGCCAAAAAGCCAUGCCGAGAUUGGUGACGCUGUGUGCGAAGCUGGCGUGCCGAUAGUUGAAAACUUUCGCCCAUGGGUGGCGCUCAUCGAGUCUAUCGACCUGUCACACUUUGGCUCCGAUCUCCAGAACCCGCAAUUGGCGGACUUCAGUGUCCAGAAGCAGCGCGUGUACGACAGCAUUUCGGAUCUCGUCAUGAGCUGCCAGCACAUCUCGGCCCCGCUAGGUGACGAGUGGGCCGAAAUUAGGGGAGAUUCACUGGAGACUCGACUGAAUAAUACCCGCAUGAUGUCGAGGCAACUUACCAAUUGUGUUCAACAGAUCGGUUUCUCGUUGACCUUACUAUUGGAACAAGCUCCACAGCAAAUACCAAAUGGAGAUGGAUAUAAUAAAUCUACUCCCAAGGUACGUAAGAGUCCGCCAUCAUCUAUUGGCAUACCUUCUAGCUAUGGGGUGGGUGAUGACCUUGAUAAGCCACCUCGAUCUCUGGAUAAGGCGCAACGGUUCUUUGGCCAGCCCGUACCCAGAGAACCGACCUCUGCCAGAGAACCAGAAGAAACCCCAUGGUUCCUUAAACUCGACCACGAGGCGGAAGUGUUCUAUGAUGUCAAGGGUGACGUACAGCAGCUCAAGUGCGGGACACUGGCCGGCCUGGUCGAACAGCUUACCCGCCAUGACAAGCUUGAUCCCUCGUUCAAAGAUACCUUCCUUCUCACCUACAGAUCCUUCACCACAGCCUCAGAGCUGUUUGAAAUGGUGGUCCAUCGAUUCACACUCCAGCCUCCUUACGGCCUGAGCAAAGCAGAGCUACAAAUAUGGACCGAACAAAAACAGAUACCCAUCCGAAUCCGCGUGGUCAACAUCCUCAAGAGCUGGUUCGAGAACUUCUGGAUGGAGCCAAAUGAUGAGGCAAACACUCAUCUACUAGGCCGUAUACACUCGUUCGUUACCGAGGCAGUUGCAUCGACUAAGACGCCUGGCGCGCAACAACUAGUCAGCUUGAUAGAGCAACGCCUACGUGGAGAAGAGACUACUGCCAAACGCCUGGUACCCACUAUUAGCUCUAAUGCACCCACCCCUAUCACGCCCAAGAACAUGAAGAAGAUCAAAUUCCUGGACAUUGACCCAACCGAGUUUGCCCGUCAAUUGACCAUCAUCGAGUCGCGGCUAUAUGCUAAGAUUAAGCCGACGGAGUGCUUGAAUAAGACCUGGCAGAAAAAGGCUGGACCAGGCGAGGCCGAGCCGGCGCCAAACGUCAAGGCUCUUAUUCUACAUUCCAACCAGCUUACCAAUUGGGUGGCCGAGAUGAUUCUGACCCAGUCGGACGUCAGGAGACGAGUCGUCGUAAUCAAGCACUUUGUCUCCGUUGCUGAUAAAUGCCGACAACUUAACAACUACUCUACUUUGACAUCUAUCAUCUCUGCGCUUGGAACGGCGCCAAUUCACCGACUGGCUCGUACAUGGGCGCAAGUCAGCCAGAAAACUGCAGGAACCCUUGAGAUGAUCCGCAAACUCAUGGCUAGCACCAAGAACUUUGGCGAAUACCGUGAAACCCUUCACCUCGCCAAUCCCCCCUGCAUCCCCUUCUUCGGUAACUAUUAA